AGCAGUACCUUCUAUCAAAUGGGAAACUAAUAGUUCAAAUGCCUCAAAUGGAGUCAUGCCAUCUUCAGCUCCUUCAGCUGCCUCUUCUUCCUCGAGAUCGUCCUCAAGCUCUAGCAGUCUGAUUAGCUGACACAGUUUCCUCGUGACUGUGAUACAAUUCGAUCUAAUAACCACACCAAACAUCCGCAAGUCAUCGUCUGUUCUAGGGGUACCGUAUAUGAUUCUCAUUUGUUUGAAAAUCGUCGACUUCCCAGAUUCUCCGGCGCCCAGUAACAACAAUUUAAUUUUAAGUUCAUCCUUUCGCUGCAUUUCCUCCAUGGCUGCACCAAUCUUCUCGUCCUCUCUGACCUGCGCGACAGUAGGGGCCACAACCCCCGCAUCAGAUGAUGCACCACAUCCCAUGGUGAAACGGGUUGUGUCUCAAGGUAAUUAGUAYGGAUUGCUUGCUUCUAUCACUACGCAGUGGCACUGGUAUCUAGUCCUUGAUAUGCUUCGCGAUUUGCUUGCUAUCUGUUGCAGCUGAGCACUCGCUUGCUAUCUGUUACAGCUGAGCAGAGAGUAGAAGUACAUUCCAGUACCGAAGCUUUGAUCCUCUUCGUACGGCAUGUGAGAGGGUAUUGGUAGUAUCUGUUUUUCAACUUUUCGUACUGGUACCACACAGUACUACAAUUGCUUCGUCUCUCGUACCUAUUGAAGGGAGCACAAGAUCGGCCACACGAAAGUGCCUGGCUGUCGAAUUUUCGCUGGUAUUCUCCAAAAAAGGCAAUCAAAAAUCAAAAAUCAUGUCUUUGAGACACUACUACGACAUAUUGAUUAACAAAUAUGGUUCAUAUAUAUAUYAAUGACUGAAUAAGGUUUCCAAAGUCCGCGAGCGCGCAUAAUUUCAAUUCUUGUCUCGGAUCAUCUCAACAUCAACCGUCCCAUGACAAAAUCUCCAACUGUUCCGAACGUGGAAGCUACGCUGACCUUAGGGAUAACGUACUACAACUGGUACCGUACAGCACGGUUCUUGUAGCAAGCGUAAGCAAACUGAAAGAAUACGCGACCAGCGAAACUCUGAAGAAGUGAAUUCAGCAACACAUGGCCGAACGAAAUGAAGUACUUCCUCCGUCCCAAAAUGAGAGUCCYCUAGUAGUAAGCAUUGCCAUACUAAUCUUGUCCAAUAGCAUUUUUAUGUCCUAUCCCUAUUAGAUUGGUACUGAUAGUAUAAUUGGAAUGAGCCUUCAAACAGAGCCUUUAAAUCAUGUCAUUUUGACUUUUCAGGUUGAACAAAGAAGAUGAAGGAGGGUUCCAGCAAGAACAGUCAUUCUUUUGUUGUGCCGCUAGUACUAGUAGUACUAGUACUGCUACUAGUACUAGUAGUACUAGUACUGCUUGUUGCAUAUGAGGACGAGGAUACUAGUAGUAGUAGCCAAGAAAAUAAAGUACUUUUUGAGGCAAUGCUUCUCUAUAUAAAUGACUUUCUUAUAUUGGUCAUUCUUGUCCAAAAGAGGUGCAUUGUACCACUGUCAACAUUUUGUUUGUUCCCUUGCUUGUUGUUAGUACUAGUAGUAGUUGUACUACUAGUACUAGUACUAAUAAUUUUUAAUCACAUGCAUGCUCAUUUUUUCUAUGGUCAUACUGAUUCUAGCUAUGUGUUGCUAUAUCAUUGGUGGUUCAAUGAAGCUAUUGUAAAUAAGGGGAUUUCCAAACAGGGACAACAAAUGGAUGGUCAUAGUGCUGGGAGGGAGGAAGUAACAACAGAUUCAUCUUCUACUAGUACUAGUGUACCAGAACUAAAAUUAAACUUCAUUGUUCGCUGGCAUUAUUUUGAUACAUUUCAAGUAAGAGAUGAAUUGGGUAUCACAGGAGGGGAUAUGGYGGAAAUCAUCAGCAUGAUAAACUUGGAGCUAAUCUGCAGUGGUCGUGGUCCUAUGCACAUGAAGAUUGUGAUGGUUGCAUUUCUYCCAAAGGGACACAAAGAACAGUUGGGCUGCUGCUGAAGUUUAUAUCUACCAAGAAGGUUUAGAUUUACUACUAGGUGUCACCUAUGGUACUAAGGUUGUUAAAAAAAUCUUAAUAUUAUAUUUUACCUCCUCGUGAACUAGAAGAGGCACUAAGAUGGCCAGAACCAUAGCUUUUGUUGGAAAGUAUGCUUCUAGCUGCUCCRAGGGGCGGAACUUCCCUCCGAGGAGUGUUGAUGGAAGUGCAACCAGGUGUUUUGCUGCUGGAUUUAAAAGAAUUGUUGUAACUUGGUUUGGAGUAAACUGGAAGAGUUGACAGGAGGAGCCAGAGAAGUAUCUGGCACAACUGGCUGUUUGUGUCAUUUCUUUUUGGAGUAYGCGUCAAAGACCAGCAAGGCUUGUGUGACACUCUCUGGAGGUUGUUUACUAUGAAGCAAUGGUGUAAAGUACUGGGUAAUAGGACGGGUGUUGGAGACCAAAGCACUCAUAGCUUGAGAGACACUYGCCAGAAUCAUUUUCUAGUAGACUUGAUGGUAAUAUGAGAGCAUGAAAGUAGGCGUCUGCAAUAAGAAGGCUUCCAUAUUUUCUKGGAAUAGGUGGGCAUGGGACGGACAGGUCUGAGAUUUCAAUGCAAAUAAGGUCCAAACUUUCAUCACCACUCUCCUGCGAUGYUUUGCUUGCUUAUGAGAAAGUGUAUAGCCAUGGAGAUCCUUGUUCCGCUUCUCCCAUAAUGAUAGAGGAGGAGGUAAGAAAGAAUUCCACUAGAUAGCUGCCCAAAACUAUGGGAGAGUAAGAGCUGGAAUGAAGAUCAAGAUCAGUAUUCCACUGGAGCAAAAUGUGACCGGCAAACAUGUGUUGCCACCCAAUCUUGCUCUGGAAAUGAAUAACUGGAUGAAAGGAUACAGGAUAUUCUCUGAAGAAACAGUGCCAGUGUCUAACCAUUCGGUAAGACAUGUAGCAAGAGUAUCAAUGGCAAUUGGUCGGAAGGAUGGUAAGGUUCUUAGUGCUUUUACUACUAACAGUGUCAUUGGAAUUUACUAGUAGAUAUGUUCUACAAGGAGCCGUGAGCCAUACACUGCUGGGCAUCUGAACUAGAAGAAAUAGUCUUUGGUCCACAGCUGUUAGCUAGUACUACUAGUACAAUGGUUCCAGACAGGUAGAUUAUGGUGAUAUCAGCAAAAGUGAUGUAAUCUGAGCAAAAAUGCUACUGAUGCRUGAUGUAUUGGAAUGAUGAAGCAAUUUCUUGCCUUUUUCCUAUUGUUGACACUUCAAGCCAAGUGGAAUUAGGAUUGUAGGCAGGCACCACCAGGUUCAAAGUGAAUUGUUGUUGUUGUUGUUGUUGUUGUUGUUGUUGUUGUUGUUGUUGUUGUUGUUGUUGUUGUUGUUGUUGUUGUUGUUUUUGUUGUUUUUGUUUUUGUUUUUGUUUUUGUUAUUGUGCCAACAACAUGAAGAGAAUCUUGUUCAAAUUGGUCUUCAGCAGUGUAUGCAUCCAUCAAUAGCAACUACUAGUAGUAGUUGGAGAUCCAUCACACCAUCUAUCAACAUUUAAUUGUUGAAAUCAUGUUGASAAAAUAGUCAUACAGGUUUGGUGCAUCACCAGAGAUAGUCUCAUGAUCAAAAUUAGUAGCCACCCUCUGUGAUUAUGAGAAAUCAGUACUGUGAUAUGUAUCAUAAAAUUAGGGAAUUCCCACCAAGCAGAAAUAAUGGAGGGUUAGCUAAUGGAUUCACAUUGCUUGUUAGAGAUCAUCAACUACUUUAAAGAAUUGACUGACAACAAGAAAUGACAGCAACUUGGUAGGAAUGAAUUGAUUCAUAAUGAUGUUUUCUUGAAAUAUAUUUUAAUAAUUUGGUGACAAAUCAGGUACAUCCCCAUAUCCCAAGAAUUGGAUUGGGAUGAGAGAAGUUAGAGAUAAUUAAAAAAUGACAAAUCAUAAAAGAAUCCUCAAGUAGAUUUUAGGGGGGUUCAAAGUUCUUGUAGAUUUAAAGCAACCAGCUCAAACUACAGCAACUCAAGCAACACAUUGCUACCAGAAUAGAUAACCUUAGUAAAGCUGACAACAAAAUGCUGAUCCCACAAAGAUAUUGCCAAAACAGAUUUACUCUAAAUCUGGCAAAUUGUCUUUGUUUGCUCAACACGAUGCCUAGUAUUCUGUCAAUUGAAAAAUCAAGUUGAAAAGGUUAUCAGAACAACUGCAUAUAGUAUUACUUUCAUCAUCAGCUCCAUUUCUCUCACAAUAAAUUGUAAAUUCAAAAGGUUAUGGAAAGAACAACAUAUCGACCGGGAGAGAUUAAAGAACAUACGCAAGGGCAAAGUUUUCCUAAAGAAUACGAAGUAAUACUGUCACUUUGUCAUUCGCAACUCCUCCAAGAAACUCGUGCUGUUGUGUACCGUGCUUCCUCCCAAUAAAACUUGAAACUUCCCCCGGUGAACUUGAUUAAACUCGGCGAUUUUGUUGCCCUCCUCAUAGGUGAUACCGCCCACCAUGAACACAAUGAUUUCAUCGGGUACCAAAGUUUCUGGAGAUACACCUGGAACUGUCUUGAUCGACCCUGGAACGAAAGGGUGUGUCUCUUUUCUUAAUUUUCCUUUUGUUAUGGAUUGUAUCGUAUCCAUUAGAACUGGGACGUGCUGCGCAUAGACAUUUUGAACUCCUUGAACACUAGUCAUAAAUGAUUUCGUCAAAUUGCUCAUAAUGUUGUUUGGAUCUCCGUACAGUCCAGGACCUCGAGAUUUGCUGCCGCCGUACCGAAGAAUGACUGGUAAUAGAUUGACCAUAUCAGGAGGGACACCGCCCUUCUUCAUGGCAUGCUGUACCAUGUUUAUAUUCCCAGACGUUUCGUAACGGAGCGCAUAUAAAAGACCAAGGCGUAAUUUGUCGGGUAUUUUUACACUUGGUGAAUCUAAUUUCUCCAUGAGUUCUCUCCAAUGCGCCGUAUGAUCAUCAGCACAUGCAAGUUCCUGCUCAAAUUGGGAUACAUCCAACAAAGAACAUACAUCUACAAGUCGCGCUAACUCUCCCAUGAUUGCAACGUGCUUUGAAACGUUGUGCGAUCGUGAUCGCAGUUCCGGGAAUUUCUCCAUGAAUGCUUGCAUGUCUUCGAUGGUAUUGAGGWUAGAUGUAUUAUGCUGCGCAGUUUGCUUUUGAUAAUCUUGCAACAGUUUCUGAAUAUUCUCUCCCAAUUCUCCGAAAUUCUUGUGUCGGUUUUCACGAAAGAAAUCGUCUUGGCACGAACUGAGCACCACCUCCUCCAAAUCUUUCGCAAUAUUGGGAGCACCCUUGAGUACAACUCUGUGAUUAUUCAGACCCAGCAGCUCGUGUACCAUGGCUUGAUACGUCCAUUGGCUCAAUAGGGGCGUUACAGGAUCGUCUCUUCUAUCCAAUACUAACAAGAGCGCUCCUGCACUAUUUCGUCUCCUCUUACGGAAGUGGAAAAUCUCGUCUGUCGAUAUCGCAUCAAAAAUAUCCUUGGCAAGUUCUUCGGCACAUGCCGAUUGCCCUGCAUAUCGAAUACCUGCUAGUGGUUGUCGUUUGAGAGCUAGCAACAUGCCCUGAAGCCCACGAAGGUUGCGUUCGUAUAAGUGGGCGUAUUGGGGUGCCCAUGAUGUCCCCGCAGCCAUUGACAUCGACAGGGUAUUUCGGCAUUGCAAUGUUAACAAGUCAUCAUUGAUGGGAACAAAAUCACCAUAAAACUCUUGAACUUGCUUCACUCGUUCAGUCAUAUCCGAUUCGGCUAGUAAUCUCAAAAGGCCCUGAGUAAGGAUUCCACUAAAAAAAAAGUGAUACUCAGAAAAUCGAGGUUCCUUCAGCUCCCGCACUAGCAUUCCAACACUCGCUUCCGUCGGUCGGACGAAACAUACAGCCUUGAGGUGCGAGGACUUCCCAGAAGAUUGCUGUUGUUUUUGCUGUUUGGUGUCGUCUAACCGGGAUACCAGGUAUACAUCGCUACUCAAUAUUUCAGUUUGCGAAUAUACAGCGGAGACGAUUUGUGUCGUAGAAGCGUCUAAUAACAACACCUUCAUUCC